AGUGUUUUUGGUGAUAUUGGCAGUGCUGGUGGUUUGAAGAUAGGGCUUGGAGGAAGGAAAAUGGGGGCUGAGAAAGUGCUGAGAAAGGGGAUCGUGGAAGCAGCAGGAAAGGCUUCAAAGAUUUCAGGAAAGCACAAUGAUGCUUCAAACAUGAGAUUUCAAGAUGAAGCUAAUUCCCAUCAGAUUGAUCUCAACAAGUUGGAGACAAAGACAUUGAUAUCUAUUGGCACCGGCUUGGAUGACCCUUCAAAGGGUCAUAAUCAAGCUGAUAAGGGAAUGAGGGGGAAAGAAAGGCUUCUUUCUGUGGUGAAAGAGUUGGUGAACCUAUUGCAGAAGCAUGCCUCCUCUGAAACCUCCAAUCCACAACAACGAGCAACAGCAUUGAUAUAUAAUAGUAUAUCCCCACACCCUGCAUAGGUUUAGGCUCACAAUUUUGCCCUCAGCUUUGGAAGUGAUCCCUUAAACCUAUAUAAGAACUUGUGCUUUUGUCUCUAUUUUUUUGUAAUGGGUCAUAAAGGCAUGCAUUGGAAGAAGGACAAUGUUCUGUUUUUCUUGCUAGGGAUAUGUAGGUAUAGGAAAACAUUUGAAGUUCUGUACGUUAAUGUAAGUUGUUUGAUCUCUUGCUAUUAUAUAUGUGUAUCAUGCUGCUAUAUGGUUUGGUCAACAAAAAUAUAUAAUGCAAUUGCAA